CCUGACAAGUGAAUUUAAAGGAAAAUUAUAGUGGGGUUUAUUUUCUGUUAUGUCGAAUCCCAAUACCUAGAUAUCUGUAAUGUUUAAUUAAAGUUUACACAUUGAACAUCAAGUUCAUACAGUCGUAGCAAUUACUCGAGCAACUUGAACUGAUUUGAGUUUGAUCGCUGGACUCAGAAUCUCCAACACGAUUGUACCAACUUUAGAUGAAGAUUUGACCGUAGUAAUUUUAUUGCGAGAACUGCUCGAUCAACUUACUGUGCUGUCAACAGGAGGAGGCAUAAAACUAACCCACUAAAAUUAUGAGUAAUUUGUACAUUAUUUUAAUUGUAGUACCUUAAAACAUAAUCGAUAAUGGGGCCUGUAAGGCUCGACAUGUCCCGUGAUGAAUGCAAAAGGUGUUUACGCUGUUUAGAGCUUGAUGCGUAUGGAAAUAUGGUAUCUGUCCUACGUGCUCAAGGAUCAUUUACUACUGAAAAGCAAAAGUUACUUCAAGAAUUGGCUAAAGUCCUUCAUAUAUCUAAUGAAAGACAUCGUGCCGAAAUCCGCAGAGCAGUAAAUGAUGAACAGUUGACUGCAAUAGCUGAGCAAUUAAGUGGACCUAAUACAGGUACGGAUUGGGCAAUAGAAGGUCGACGCAUAAUUCCUCUAAUACCACGAUUAAAAUCUCGUACUGCAUUUACUAAACUCGCAAAUAAUCUGUCACUUGUUACUGCUAUUGCAAAUGAAAAGAAGCCGAUUCUGCAAGAUCAAACAAGUGAUUUAAAAGGAAAAAUAGAGUUCCAAGAGGAAUUAAGAAUGAAGGAUAGUUCUUCUACUAGUACAACAUUUGUACAGUCUGAAAAUUGCAUGAAUACAAGAAAAAGAAGAAGAUCUUUAAUCGAGACAGAGCUGGAACAGAAUGUUCAUCAGUUAGCCAAUGUUCAAAAUAACAGUACUCAGCCAGUUGUUACUUCAGUACCUUCUGAAGAAGGCAAAACUGCUCCUUCACUGCCAGUGCCUAAUAAGGUUUUAAUACUACCCUUCAGUUCAGUAUCAGAGGGCAUAAAACAACCCAUUAUAGAUAAAUCUUGCCUAGGAAACCUUAAACAAGUGCCGUGUUCGGGUUCAACGGUUUCUUAUCAACAAAAUGUAACUCUUGUCCCUCUUGGUGUUAGUUGCACUGGAUCUAAUUCUACAGUUGUUUGUAAAAGUGUUACAUCGCAAGCAACUAUAUACAGCCAGUCAUUGAUUCAGUCAACUCAUUCUGGAAUCGGACCUUUACCCACAUUCAUUACCACCAGUACAAAGUCCAGAUCUCAAGUAUUAACUACACAGGAGAAAAUAAAUCCGAAGAUUAUAUCAUUGACAGUUGCACCUAACACUACUCAAAUUGAAAGGAGUACGCUGCCAUUAGAAAUUCAAGAUGGACAAACAAGAGAUGGCGGAGUUACACAAGUUAUGAAUACAAAUUUGUGUAGUACAUCUAACGGUCCUGGGCCACCACAGACAAAAAUUAUGACUACAGUAACAUGUAAAAAGAUGUCACCUACAAAAAUCAAUUAUGAAAAUAUUUCUAAAAUGGGUGUAUCCCUGUAUUCAAAUAAAAGUUUAAACCUAGCACCAGUACCUAAUGCAAGGCUAACAACUAAAACAAAUGUAAUUGUGGUGCAAAAAGGUCCUGCUAGAGGUGUUACACUUUCUCAUGCUGGCAAGGAAGUGCUUGGAAAAGUAAUUAUGGGUGGUAAGAGCUUGUGUCUCUCUAAUCAACCAAGUACGAAUACUAUCGCCUUACUACCUCAUCGAAGUAUCAUUAAUGGAGAUCAAAAUGUAACAUUUUCAACCGCUUUCUAUCAGAUGCAUCUCAUCCAGAAAAUGUUGAAGGACAGAUUACUAACAAGCAACGUUUUUGUAUUUGGACUUCGACAAGAUGUUUUAGAAAAAAGUAAAGUUCUGUCACAAUUUCUUGAAGCUUCAGGAGUACUGAGUUCAGAUUCUAAAGCUGCUCUCUUGAAUCCUAACAUGCAUUUGUUGAUGAAAGAUGAAAACAGUGGUACUAUGCAAACUGUUAGUAAAAAUCUUCAUUUAACUGACAAGGCAUCAAUUAGUGAAAUCAGAGGACAAAGGGAUCAUGAGGAAGUUUCGGAAACAUUAAACACACAAGAAUUAGAAACUUCAUCUAUGAUUACAUCAACAGAUAUUAAAGAAACAUCAUUGAUAAGUCAAAUAAAUGAAGAAUCGCAAGGUACAUUAGAUCCACAAACCGGAAUAUACAGUUUUCAAUCUUCAGAUGGGGAUAAAAGUGAUCUUCCAUCAAUGAGUUCCUCCCAAAGUACAGGAAUUGAUGAUUUUAGUACAAUACUUACACAUCGUAAUACUCAUUUGAAAAACCCUCAAAGAGGGAAUAUAAGCGAGGAAGUAAAUGUUAUAGAAAAAAUAAGAAAUGCAAUACUGAACAAUGAUCAGUUCAGUAAAUUUAAUAAUCAAUUAAACUCGACAACUAAUCAGUAAUAUGGAGUACUACUAAAAGUAAAUCUGUGAAAUCUUAAUUUUUAACAUAUUUGAAAUAUAUAUUUUAUAUACAUCAAUCUCAAGGCAUCUAAAACUUAGAGUCGGAAAUAUGACUGUUUAUUAGUAAUGUAGGUCAUUCAUGUAUUGACAUGUGAUUAUAAUGUUAAGUAGUUGUAUGGAUAUAAAUGUAAUAUUUUAAUUGUUUUUAAAGGUUAAAACAAUUUUGAGCAUGCUCAAUCAACUGUACAUUUAAUGACAAACUGUAUUUCACUAUGAUGUUUUUGUUGUUAAAGCAUCUCAUAUCAUGUAUAAAGUUGUCUGUGCUUUCUAUUAUUAGGAUUUGUUGAACAUUAUUAAUUAUGUCGUUUUAUUUUCUUAAUACCAAUUAUAAAAAACUAAAACAAACAUAGGAAGUUUCUUUGUUUUGUUAUCAUUUUCUAUCAACAUUGUUAAACAUUUGACCACUUCACAAGUUAUCUAAUGCAAUUUUGUUUGUAUGUGGCAGAUUGAAACCAACUAUGACACUGACCAAAUAAUAAUUAACAUUUAAGUUUUACGUUUAUAUUAUUAUAAUGAUACUUUUAUUCUUACUCUAUUAUAUAUACAGUUCUAAAAGUAGAACAAAGAAUGCUUGAAAAGUAAAAUACACAAAACAUGUCACAGUUACAAAAGAUUAA